AUGGGCCCUAACAUAGACAAAGAAGCGGAGCACCUCCGAAAGAAAGCAAGAACAGAGCUCCUUGCAUUACUCGAAGGGGUUCGAGGCAAGAAGAAUCUGGUGAUUGGAAAAGACUUGACUGGGCUGUUGAGUCUGUUCGUCCAGUUUCCGACACUCAAAGAAUAUGGUGUCGACAAGGUAUUCGAGCUCGAAAAUGGCAACACCGACUCUUCCCAGAGGAAUAUCGUGUACCUGGUUCAUGGCGAAAAGCCGAGCUUGGUCCAAGCUGUAGCAGAGCAAAUCAAGAAACUUCGGAGAAAUGGUUCCGUUGAACACGAAAUCUCCAUUUGCUGGGUUCCUCGUAGGACCCUUGUCUCGAAUAAAAUUCUCGAAGACCAAGGUGUUUUGGGCGAUGUUAACGUUUCAGAGCUGCCAGUAUUCUUCCUCCCGCUGGAGGAUGACAUGCUGUCCCUAGAGAUGGACGGGGCGUUCAACGAUUUGUACUUGAGGCAUGACCCGUCACCCCUUUUUCUUGCUUCGAAGGCUCUUAUGCAGAUCCAGCAGCGGUAUGGCCUAUUUCCACGGAUUUUGGGAAAAGGCGACAAUGCAAGAAAGCUUGCGAACCUUCUUCUCCGCGGCCGCAGAGAGCUUGACGCUGAUGAAGCUGCCACACAAUACACGAGUAUGCCCAGCACGUCGAUUGAGCAACUGAUCAUCAUAGACCGCGACGUCGAUUUUGUUACCGUUCUUCUCACACAGUUGACGUAUGAAGGUCUCAUUGAUGAGCUGGUUGGCAUCAAACAAAAUCGUGCAGAAAUUGAUUCCGCCAUCAUCGGUCCUGCUCCUCAACAGCGAUCACAGACCGGUUCAUCGUCGAUGUCUCCGGCCACCGCAAUUAGACAAGGGCUCAAGCGCAGAAUUCAGCUUGAUUCAUCAGAUCCCCUAUACGAACAACUUCGCUCUUCCAACUUUGCGCUCAUCGGUCCACAACUGAACAAGAUCGCUCGGCGACUCGAAUCAGACUACGAAGGCCGUCACAACGCUCGUGGGAUCAAUGAUCUCCGAGAAUUUGUGAACAAGCUGCCUGCCUUCCAACAAGAACACCAAUCCCUUGCUGUCCACACCAACCUUGCCGAUGAUAUGACCAAGCAUACCCGCUCUGAUACUUUCAAUCGUGAAUUGGAGGUUCAACAAAACAUCGCCGCUGGAACGGACCCUGUAUACCAACAUGAUACAAUCGAGGAGCUCAUCGCCCGCGAUGCACCGUUGAGCACCAUUCUACGCCUUCUGUGCCUGGAAUCCACAGCUGCCGGUGGCCUUCGACCGAAAGACCUUGACUCGUUCCGACGCCAGAUCCUUCACGCGUACGGCUUCCAGCAUCUCCUCACUCUGGAUGCGCUAGAGACCAUGGAACUCCUUCAGCCUCGCUCAUCGGCCUCAGCACUGCUCCUUCCCGUAAGUGGAGGGGGAGGUCAGUCCGAAAGGGGGACUAAGACCAACUAUGCGUAUUUACGCAAAGAACUGCGUCUAAUCAUCGACGAAUACAAUGAGCAAGACCCAGAGGAUAUCGCCUACGUUUAUUCCGGCUAUGCACCCCUGAGCGUUCGAAUUGUGCAAUGCAUCCUCCAAAAACAGUACCUUCAGAGCCUGCACAGGUCGCCUCUUCCCCUUACGCCGUCAAGCACCGGCUGGACUGGAUUCGAGGAUAUUUUGAAGUCAGCUCGAGGGCCCACAUUCAAUAUCGCCCAGAAACCGACCGACGAGAAGGCAGCGAAAGCGAAAGCAGCUCUGACCGGCACAGGCGGGUGGAAAACAGUUUUCAUCAUGUUUCUGGGCGGGAUCACAUUCACUGAAGUCGCAGCACUGAGGUUUAUCGGACGCAAAAUGGCAGAAUCUGGGCAGAGAAAGAAGAUUGUCAUAUGUACGACGGGCGUGGUCAGUGGAAGAAGCGUCAUGGAGGGUGUGAUUGAGAAAUCGGAUUUGGGAUCUGGUCUCAAGACAUGA